AUGCCCUCCCUCCUCGAAGACCCCACCACCCACAUCCCCCCACCAACCCCCAACCCAUCAUCCCUCCCCCCCAUCUCCCGCACCCUCCGCGACAACACCCGCAUCACUCUUUACCCCAUAACCACGGGACCCGACUCCCUCCCCUCCUCUCUCCUCCACUACCUACACAGGGAAUUCUCCGAAGAGAUCCUCAAAGGAUGUACCUAUCCCAUGGAAUCUCCCCUCGAGUAUGACCUAUACCGGACGUAUUGGUUUGGGACGUUUGCAGUGGUUGCUGUUGUCGAUGACGGCGAAGGGGAUGGGUUGAGGGACGGGAGGGAUUGGGAGAGGGUUUGUCUGGGGACGUUUUAUGUGAAGCCGAAUUAUCCGGGACGCUGCUCGCAUGUUUGUAAUGCCGGGUUCUUUACGACUCCCGCGGCCAGGAAUCGUGGUGUUGGGAGGGUUAUGGGUGAGGUUUAUCUGGAGGUGGCGCCGAAGUUGGGAUACAAAUACUCCGUGUUUAACCUCGUCUUUGAAAAUAAUGUUGCUUCGGUCAAGAUCUGGGAGAAUCUGGGAUUCCAGGUUAUUGGUCGUGUGCCGGGUGCUGCGCGUCUGGCGAAUAGUCCUGAUCUUGUCGAUGCGCUUAUUAUUGGGAAAUCCUUGGUAUAAUCGAAACGAAAAUAAAAUAAUAUACAUAUAUAAUAUAAAGUGUAUUGCAAUUAAAACAUACCCCAAUACAUGAAGUCGCUCCCUUCAAUCAAUGAAAUACUCCUAAAUCAAUGCGAGUGGGGAAUCAAUCUAACAACCGGCUUCAAGCAAUCUGGUAUAUGACA